GAUGUGCAAUGCGCAUUUCCGUUUACUUACCGGCUUCUAAUUCCGAGUAUAGUUUUAAAAUUUCAAUAACUCGGAAAAUCCUAAUACGAAGAAUUUGCACAAAAGCUUUUUGAUAGAUCAAUACAAUCACCAAAUCGAUGCAAAAUGGAUACGCGCUCAAAAGUACGGUGUUUUCAAAAUAAUUUUUCAAUCGAUAAUAUUUUAUCGAAGCCAAAUACUAUCAAGUGUAAUGAAUAUUUGGAAACAUUAAGUGAUUCGAAUCCGAAUUCAUCGAAAAUUGUGAAGCAGCCUUUGAGUGUGAAAAACCUACAAAUUGAAUGUGACAACAAUCUUGAAGUUAAAUCAAAUAUAGAUUUAUCGCCAUCAAGUCCAACUUCUAGUUAUGCGGGAGACGUACUUGAGGAUUCGAAAAGUGAUGCUGCUUCCGAAGAUGGCAACAGCAGCAAUGACGACCGCAAGAAGCGACCACGGACUGCUUUUUCAGCUUCCCAAAUAAAAUCCUUGGAAACGGAAUUUGAGCGAGGUAAAUACCUCUCUGUUGCAAAAAGGACUGCACUGGCAAAGCAAUUACAUUUGACCGAAACACAGAUAAAAAUCUGGUUUCAAAAUCGACGCACCAAAUGGAAACGGAAAUAUACUGCUGACGUUGAAUCGCUUGCAUCACAUUACUAUGCUCAAUUAGGUAUCGGCGGCUUAGCUCGCCCAAUGGUUGUUGGGGAUCGUCUAUGGCUUUUCAGUCAAACACCCACGGGACCUACACCGUUUCAGUCCAUUAUGUUGAAUGGCAAUGUAGCAUCGCAAAUGGCUGCCCCAAUGCGCCCUUACAAUGGCAAUUUAUCCUCAACCACAUCUACUACUACUCCACGUUCCACUUUAAUGCCACCAUUGCCAGUAAUUGAAAGUGCACGAAAUGCCAUUCUAGCACGAGGUCAACCGCUAAACUUCGCCCUACCCUUCACCUUGGCAGGCCCAUCUACCGGAAAUACUAAUUGCAACGCUACUACACAAAUAGUGCCUUCCGCAAAACCCUACAGAACAUCAGGUGACUUUGUAGAACGUUUUGUGGAAUAUAAUAGCCUUCCCAUGACGGCAGCGCUGAUCAAUGGCAACACAUAUUGCCGGAAUGACAAUCCUUUGGCUAAUGCCGUACCAAAUGACACUUAUUUAGCACUAAAAUACGGAACUAUGCCCCUAGAAGGAGACACAUCCACCUCAAACGGUUUGGCAGAGCUCGAACGAGUUUUCGGAGACACCAAUGCUAACUUCCUGCAGAAGAAAAUCAAUAGUACCAAUAUGAGUGAGUGCGACAAAAGGGAUUCAUCAAGCAAUCCGAGAAAUCACCUGGUGUCAUCCAGAUCCGACUCAGAUUGCAGCGAUAUAGAUUGUGAACAAAUUGAUGAGCCCGACGAGGUUUAAGGCUGUUAGGACGAAUUCUUCGAGACAAUUGCGAGAACUUACAAAGUGGAGAUAUUCAAUUAUUUUGGCUGAUACCUAAAAUACACAA